AUGGCAGCGGAGCACAAGCCCCGGUUGUCUAAGAACCUGCUACGCAUGAAGUUCAUGCAAAGGGGACUAGACUCGGAAACCAAGAAGCAGCUGGAAGAGGAAGAGAAGAAAAUCAUCCGGGAAGAGCACUGGCACCUGGAUCUGCCGGACCUCCAGGAGAAAGAGAGCUUCAUAAUAGAAGAGCAGAGCUUCUUGUUAUGCGAAGACCUUCUCUAUGGAAGAAUGUCCUUCAGAGGAUUUAAUCCCGAGGUCGAGAAAUUAAUGCUUCAGAUGAAUUCCAAGAACAACGCCAAAGAAACUGAAGAUGAAGCACUGGAGCUUGAUGUGUCCGAUGAAGAAAUGGCUAGAAGGUAUGAAACCCUGGUGGGGACAAUUGGAAAAAAGUUUGCCAAGAAAAGAGACCGUGCCAAUUUGGAAGAAGAUGAAAAUGGGAACCUAAAAACAACUAACGCAAAGAAGGUGUUCUUAAAACCCCAAGAGUAA